AUGUCCGGCUCCGGCAGGAAAGACUUCGACGUGAAGCACAUCCUGCGCCUCCGCUGGAAACUGUUCAGCCACCCCUCGCCGGCGGGCGGCCCGGCGGGGGGCGGCUGCUUGCCGCCCGACAGCAGCUUCGAGCACUGGGGCCCCAGCCAGAGCCGCCUGCUGAAGAGCCAGGAGAGAGGCAACAGCGUCUUCUGGAAGAAAUCCGCCUCCUCCGCCUCCUCCUCGGCCGCCACCACCGCCAGCCCGCCCAACGGGACGCUGCUGCCCGCCGGCGGCCGGCCGGCCGGGGGACACGGGCUGGGGCACGGGCACGGGCCGGGGCCGCCGCCGCCCCGCACCGUCUUCUACGUGGAGUCCCUGGAGGAGGAGGAGGAGGAGGAGGCGGAGGCGGUGCCCGGCGGGAUGGAGGUGGCCCGGGAGCCCGAGAAGCCCCUGGCUGCGCCGGAGCGGGAGGAGGCGCCGGGGGGCUGCGCGGAUGGAGGCAACCGGGCAACAGGUGACGGAGGCGGGCACAGACUGUCAGGCGCCAGCCUGCCACCCCAUUGUGACAUGGAUUCCUGCAGCUCCGAGGAAUUCUACCAGGCUGUUCACCAUGCAGAGCAAACCUUCAGAAAGAUGGAAAGCUACCUGAAGCAACAGCAGCUCUGUGAUGUUAUCCUGAUUGCUGGGAAUCGCAAGAUACCUGCACAUAGACUUGUCCUCAGUUCUGUCUCUGACUACUUUGCUGCCAUGUUUACAAGUGAUGUCUGUGAAGCCAAGCAAGAAGAGAUCAAAAUGGAAGGCAUAGAUCCCAAUGCCCUCUGGGAUCUUGUUCAGUUUGCAUAUACAGGCUGCCUGGAAUUGAAAGAAGACACCAUUGAAAAUCUUCUAGCAGCUGCCUGCCUCCUCCAGCUCCCACAAGUCGUAGAGGUUUGCUGCCAUUUUCUAAUGAAGCUUUUGCACCCAUCCAACUGUUUGGGAAUACGAGCAUUUGCAGAUGCGCAAGGAUGCACAGAGCUUAUGAAGGUGGCUCACAACUACACCAUGGAGAAUAUAAUGGAAGUUAUAAGAAAUCAAGAAUUUUUACUUCUACCAGCUGAAGAACUCCAUAAACUUCUUGCCAGUGAUGAUGUGAAUGUUCCUGAUGAAGAGACUAUUUUCCAUGCCUUAAUGAUGUGGGUGAAGUAUGAUAUGCAGAGGCGAUGCAGUGACUUAAGUAUGCUACUUGCUUAUAUCAGAUUACCACUGCUUCCACCGCAGAUAUUGGCUGACCUAGAAAACCAUGCGCUUUUUAAGGAUGACCUAGAAUGCCAGAAGCUUAUUCUGGAAGCCAUGAAAUACCACCUUUUACCAGAGAGAAGAACUCUUAUGCAAAGUCCAAGAACUAAACCUAGAAAAUCUACAGUUGGGACACUUUAUGCUGUUGGAGGAAUGGAUAACAACAAAGGUGCUACAACUAUUGAAAAGUAUGAUCUCAGAACAAAUAUAUGGAUCCAGGCUGGAGUGAUGAAUGGCAGGAGACUUCAGUUUGGUGUUGCUGUCAUCGAUGACAAGCUGUUUGUCAUUGGAGGCCGGGAUGGCUUAAAGACAUUAAACACUGUUGAAUGUUACAAUCCAAAGACCAAAGCUUGGACUGUGUUACCCCCAAUGUCAACACAUAGGCAUGGCUUAGGAGUUACAGUGCUUGAAGGGCCUAUUUAUGCAGUGGGAGGACAUGAUGGUUGGAGUUAUUUGAAUACAGUUGAGAGGUGGGACCCUCAAAGUCAGCAGUGGACAUUUGUGGCAAGUAUGUCAAUUGCCAGAAGCACUGUUGGAGUAGCAGCAUUAAAUGGCAAGUUAUAUUCAGUUGGAGGUCGUGACGGAAGUUCAUGCUUGAGUUCAAUGGAAUAUUAUGAUCCUCACACAAAUAAAUGGAAUAUGUGUGCUCCUAUGUGUAAGAGAAGAGGAGGUGUAGGAGUGGCUACAUGUGAUGGCUUUCUUUAUGCAGUUGGAGGCCAUGAUGCUCCUGCUUCUAACCAUUGCUCCCGACUGCUGGACUAUGUAGAAAGGUAUGAUCCAAAAACUGAUACAUGGACAAUGGUGGCUCCACUGAGUAUGCCUCGAGAUGCUGUUGGUGUCUGUCUCCUUGGUGACAAAUUAUAUGCAGUAGGUGGCUAUGAUGGUCAAACAUACCUGAACACUAUGGAAGCAUAUGACCCUCAAACUAAUGAAUGGACACAGAUGGCUUCACUAAAUAUUGGAAGAGCUGGUGCCUGUGUUGUAGUCAUCAAACAACCAUGACUUCGUCAGCACUGCUUAGGAUUUUAUUGACUGUGAAAUGAUUAUUUUUCUAUCAGACAACAAGAAUGAUAACUUCAUGAGAACAAGGAUUUACACAGUAAAUACUCUGUUGAUCACAAACUUGAAGAAGUUUGGAAGUGAGAAAGAUUAAGUAUUUAUGCCCAGUAAAAUCAUAAAAAUUGUUCCCAGUCAGUGAAGAGGAAAAAAAAUCAGGCUGUUGUAGGCAUAAAUAUGUGAACGUGGAGUAAUAAGUUCAGGUACUGUUCUCACGAAUGUGUCCUGGAGAACUGGAUAAUCAAGGGCCAGCUUUACACAAGGAGCAGGAGGGAAUAUGAGAACAGUUUUCAUGGCCACAAGGGUUUUAACUGCAGAAACAUCGAAGUACAUUUAAUCACUUUUAAACUGUGUUUUUUAAAAAGAGAAAAGUAGACAGUAAUUUUUUUAUUUUUUUUUUUCUGUUCAGGUCUUGUCUGCAUAUGGGUUAUGGCCUAAUUUAAACAGACAGUUUAGUUCUUACUGAAGGGAAAAGGUAGAAAAGUCUCUAUAUUCAAGUUUCGUUCAUAAUGACUGAGCUGUUACUCUGCAGUAGGAAGUAAAACAAAGCGAAAAGCAAACCUCCAAGAUUACUUUUUUUUGGUAACUUCAGAUUGUACUUCCUUGCCAGUGUUAAUGCAUCUUACAAGUGAGUCUUUUGAAGGGGAAGUCCGUGUGUUUAAUCUACUUAUACACAAAGCAAUCCUUUGGCUGCACUGGGGCUUUGUUGCAAAUGUGGGAGUCAAAAGAACAGUUUCCUAAUUCUCUCUUAUAUUUCAUUUAAGCAUGUGGGCUCUGAUCUCACUAUUUAAUGCAUCUUCUGCAUGUUGGAAGCUAAUGAAAAGCUGAAAAAUUGAUACUGUUCCUUCACUGUGUCAUGUAACAGAUAAACCAUGACCAGAACAGUCUAUAGAGUCUCUUCUAACAUUUCAAAAGGGAUAAACCCACUACAUUUUAUUUCUUUCGGAUGCUCAUACAUACACCUUGCCUGAUUAGAGCUGCUAAUUUAUGACUUUCCACUUAUGACUGAGAAUAACUGCAAGUAGGGAAUUCAGAAUAAAUGCAAGUAGAAUAAAGAAAAUUAGACCAUUUGAUCUAAUAAAGUUCAUAUGGUAAAUGUACUAGUGUCAUCUGUGCUUCCCUUUAGGGUUGAUCAUUUCUGGCAGUAAUGAUACUUUGAGCUUUUGCCUUGGCAGUAGAUUUGAUGAUGAUGCUUUCUAUCCGCUCAGCUGAAUCAGUAAGAAUCUUAAGGACAGUAAUGGAAUUUGAAAUUCUGCUAUUCAGGGAGACACAGGCUCUGGGAACAGGACUAACAAGUAUACAUCUUCUUUAAAGCUUUUCUGGUCCUUUAGGAAACAUUUCAUGGUCCAAAAGCAGAAAACUCACAGUCCUCUGUCACUAGCAAUUUUGGGAAGGAAUUCUGGUUGUAGUUACAAGAGUUUUCCUAGUGGAAACCUUUGAAACCAUUUGAGAUUAAACGAAUACGUGUAGCGUCCUACUUGGGACAUUUGAUUUGAAGAUGUAUCUUUCCUUCUAAAAGCAUCAGCAUCCAUGGAGAUCUUUGUUUCCUGACACAAACUGCACUUCAGUUUUGAAGCCUAAGUAUACUGGUUUAAAUCUUUUUAUAUGCUUCUCUGUCCUAAUUAGAAAUCAGCUGCAAAAUCUUUAAUAUUAGUUUUCCACAGUCGGUUGGUUUUUGAAUUGCAAUUAGUCUUUCUUCCACAGACAAGCAUGUCCAUUUUUCCGCAACUGUAACAACUUGUUGAAUAAAAGAUGUUACCCCUCUAAAAAUUUUGCUUCACAUAAACAUAAGCUUCUGAGACCCAACCAAGAAGAUUCUAGAAUUAUAAUUGCAAUUAAAUAUAGGCAUUAACAUUCAGCUCUCCUACAGAGAUACCUAAUGAACUUAGAAAUUGAAUUUUAAUUCUAUUCCCAGAACUUCCUUUUGAUUACAUUACAUUCAUACACAAUAGAAAUGUGAUUAUGCUACCUAUAUACUGACCUUCAAAAAAGGAUUACUUCUAUUAAUUGCAAUCCAUGACA